ACUUCACUUCUUUAUGUAGAGCUCUUAAUCAUUAACGAUUUACUCGAGAAAUUAUUUAUCAUCUCUUGAAUAAUUUGAAAGGCGACAUAAAUCUGUUGGAAAAUAGAAUAACCUGUAAAGACAGGUUAUCUGAUACAAGCCACUUUCGAUGUUCCUCAGUGAGAGGGCUUGCUUGCUUCCACAUGACGAAAUAUUUACAUGGGCGUGGACCUUGAGAAAAACAUUAAAAUUACGCGCGGGCAUGUGGAUUGGCCACGAGGUUUGCUGACGACGGGCUGGAGACAUCAUUUUAGGGCUUGGUGAUUGGAGAAGAAGUAUGUCAAGAAGUGGUCAAUUUGGCAUUAUCAGAUAACAGCAAAUGCAGUACUAAGUUUUGAAUCAGAAUCAUGGACUUUGAAUAAAAAGGUGAAGUCCACCCUGAGGCUGAAACGUGUACCAAACCAUGAAGAUAACAAGGACAGAAGAAUUUUCAGAAAUAUUGAUACCCUGAAGAAAUAUAAUUACAAUUAUGGUAAAUAAGGGGGAAAAAAAUUGUAGUUCUCCCAAACAUAAACCUACAGUACGGGACCUGUUAUCAAGAACGCCUCGGAUCUAAUACUUUUCAGAUCUUAGGAUUUUCUGGAUUCUGGAUCUUUAUGCAGAGGAAUUUUAAUACAGACAAAAUAAAUAAUGAACAUGUUUGUUGAGGAUUCGAAAAAGAAAGUUUCAAAGAAGGAAAAAUUACGCCUCUCAGCAGAAUUAUCUGAGCAGCAGCGAAUUGAACAGGAAAAGGAACGACAGAGAUUGAUUCAAGAGGAGAAAGCUCGAGUGGAAAAAGACCAAAUUGCAGCCAAAGAGAAAGCAAAGCAGGAUGUAGCUGAGCAGGCUCAGAGGGUGGUUCAGUUACAAGAAACAAUUUCUGUGUUUAAAACAUUUUCUGAGCAGAUGUAUGAAAUUAAACUAGAAAAACGGGCGAAACAAGAGUGGGAGCAGUACAUGAAAUGUGAUGGCUUGCCUGAUCCAGCAUCUUUGAGUGAAAUGAACACAUAUAUCUACCUAUGGAGAUCUGUUAAAGAGAGAGGCAUACUGGAAGAUGUUGUAAAGAAGACAACGGAGGUUCUUGGGUUGCUUGGAGCCAUCCAGGAGCUAAUUGACAAUCCACUUAAUGUCACUUCAAGGCAUGUCGAAAACUGGAAAGAGGUGCGGAAUGAUGUUCAGAAGGAACAACAGUUUAAUUUGGACCGAGCUUCAUAUUUGAUAUUACGUAACAUCAAGGAGAAAAUGCAGCUGAGAGGCCUGAAUGAGGUGCACUACAUGCAGAAGUUUGAUGACUUUGUUCUGUCUCUCUGGAGUCAGUUGCCUCUUCCCACGCCUUUAGUCCCGUUACCAAAGACUGAGAGGCCUCCACUUUCAUGUGACUUUGUUGAUGUUGGUGUGGCUGUGAGUUUGCCAGAUAGUUUGCUUGAUGUUCUCCUGGUUAUCAGAGUAAUGCUUGUCAAGUAUGACCACUUCUCAGACCUCUGUCCAUCAUCGGUACCCAACCCAUUAUCUGAAGAAGAACAGAAAGAUCUGUAUGAGAUAUCAUUGAUGGAAUGGGAUGCAAAACACGAGCUUCAGGUAAUGGUUGAUGAAGAGAAUGAUCGCAGAGCAAAGUUAGCUGCAAAGAUAGCUGCCAUAAAGCCAGCAUCAUCUACCACAGAUGACUCUCGACAUUCCAAAAGUGUUUCAAAAGAUGGGAGACCAACUUCACAAACAGCAUUGGAAGCAGAACUACUUGAGCUGCAGCAAAUUCAGCAGACUCCUGUGAAAACAGCAUCUGAAAUAUAUGCAGAACAGGAAGAUGAAAGACAAGCUACAGUGAAAUUACAAUACCACGUUAAGCUGAAGCCUUUUGAACUUAAUCUGCGCAAGUACAUGAUCCUGGGUGGAGUGUACCAUAUUGAUCUCCUUCAGCAGCCACCUCAGCCACAAAUAUUGCAUGACAACUCAGUCAUCACUGUUCUUCAGGUUCCAGCAGAGCUGAGUCCGGUUAAGUUUCAUGAAAAGUAUGUACCACCUCCGCCUCCAGAGCCAGGACAGCGCAGACUUCCAGAAGAGAUAGAGGCUGAGCUUAAAAAACAGGAACAGGAGCUUGAGAAACUUGCACUGAUCAGUAUUGAGUUACCAGGAAAUGUCUUAUGGUUUGAGCCACCCAUUGUUGCCAGCUGGGAUAAGGACGCAGGCUUUUGGUCCACUGAGGAUUUCCAUGAUCUUAAAUUUAAUGAAGAAAAACAGGUGCUGACAUUCCGAACAGGGCGCUUUGGUGCUCUUGGUUUUGCUGCAUACCGUUAUGCUAACCUGCCUUAUCAGACCUGGGAAUUGAAGCCAUACCAGAAAGGUGAAGCAGUUUCUUUCAGCAUUACAGCAGCUGUAAUGAUUGUGGAGUUCAUCAUAAAGGGAGAUAAGGUUUGUGUGAACCAGCUGCAGAAUGGUGCCACUGAAGCACAGCAAGAUAUUGUUGGCAACUACUACAGUCCUUACCAGCUGAGGAAGCUAAUGUGCAAUGGUGGUGUGGACCUGUUUCCACUCCAUGAUGCAUACUGCUACAUAGAUGGAGCAACACCCAAGCACAGAGCUGCAGAGAAUCACCUGUACCAUUGCAUGGCAUUACUAUCAACAAGCCACAGUUUCUCAUGGAGUCGCUGGAACCUACUGGCUGGAAGACGUAACUUGGUACUACAGAUGAGAGAGUUUCUUGAGAAAAAAAGACAGCAAGACUACUCACUUCUGCUUGUGACUCCCCAGAAGGCCUGCAUUGUGGAGUGCACAGAAAUGAGCCAGUCCUUCAGUGAAGAAUGUGUGCAGAGUAUGAGGUUCUAUUCAGAUUUGUAUCAUCUUGCACUAGACCAAGGUUCAUUUUCUGCCAUAGGGAAGAUCAAGAAUGUGCAUUUCACUUUAGUUGAAACUGUGUUUGAAAUGUUGGCAAUGACAAGAGUGCUAAGUUAUUCCUAAAAAAACUAAAUUCGAUUUUUGUUUGUAGUUAUUUUAUAAAGAAAUUCAAAUACAUUUAUUUGUCCCUUCAGCUUUUGUAAAACUACAUGCUUUAUGUACGUCCACAAGUGUAAUAAACAUUGGGAAGUGAAUAUCUAAAA